UAAAUACCCGCCCUCUGCGCCUCCUCAAACGAAAGACUCUCUCCUUUCCCGGCGCUUUCCCUCUAUCAGCCUCACAGCCAAAACUCCACCACCGGUCGACCGAUACCAAUGACGUCGUCUCCCUCUCCCGCCACCACCCUCCUCGGCCCGCCCGAGAUCCGACAUCCCCCUCCCACCUCCGUUACCGCGCCACCACCACAACCACCACCAACGCCGCCUCCCACCGGCGACCCCUUGCUUGACCUCAUGGAUGCAGGUUUCAACGCCGACCCUUCGCGGCCGCCCAUGGGCCUCACGGAGAACCUCUCCCCGACCUACAUCUCCUCCGGCGACUCCUGCCUCGACUUCUUCUUCCAGGUCGUCCCAGGCACAGCCGCCGAAACGGUGGCCGAGCUACUAUCAGCCGCCUGGGCGCAGGACGCCGCUACCGCGCUCAAGCUUGCCUGCCACCUUCGAGGCGUCCGCGGCACUGGCAAGUCCGACCGCGACGGCUUCUAUGCCGCUGCCCUCUGGCUCCACCGCCACCACCCUAAGACCCUCGCCCUCAACCUCCUAGCCAUCGCCGACUUCGGCUACCUCAAGGAUCUGCCGGAGAUACUCCACCGCCUGAUCGCCGGCGACAACGUUCGAGCGAAGGCCAAGGCCGAGAGGCCGCAUCGCGGUCCUCAGGGCCGUUGCUUCGGCCGCCGUCCAUGCUGCCGCCAGUCGGAGAAGCUGCCCCCAACGAUAAAGGCAGGGACGAGGGAAGAGAGAAUUGCCGCCGAUUUGGCCAGGGGCAAGAUCUUGUCGGCGCAGUCGACGGAGAUCCGGCGGACGAAGCGCACGGAGAUGGCGAUCAGGGCCAUCGAGCGGCACACUCGCGACCCCGACUACCGGUUGCUCUACGACCGCGUGGCGGAGAGCUUUGCCGAGCUUCUCGCUGCCGACCUCCGCCACCUGAGCGCCGGCGAGGUCGCAAAGAUCUCCCUCGCCGCCAAGUGGUGCCCCUCGGUCGACUCCUCCUACGAUCGCUCCACCCUCCUCUGCGAGGCCGUUGCGCGCCGCGUCUUCCCCCGGAGCUCCGAUCCCGACUACCUUUCCGUCUCGGACGCACACUAUGCCUACCGCGUCCGCGACCGCCUCCGUCGCGCGGUUCUCGUCCCCCUUCGCCGGGCCAUCGGCCUCCCGGAGGUGUACAUGAGCGCCGGCCAGUGGAGCAUCCUCCCCUACAGCCGCGUCGCAUCCGUGGCCAUGAAGAACUACAAAAAGCACUUCUUGAAGCACGAUCGCGAGCGCUUCACCCAAUACCUCGACGAUGUCAAGAAGGGGAAGGCCAAGAUCGCCGCCGGCGCGCUCCUGCCCCACGAGAUCGUCAAGGACUCCGGCGACGAGGUCGCGGAGCUGCAGUGGAAGCGGAUGGUCGAAGACCUAUCCAAAAUAGGGAGCCUGCGGAACUGCAUAGCCGUGUGCGAUGUCUCCGGCAGCAUGGACGGCACGCCGAUGGAGGUCAGCGUCGCGCUCGGGCUUCUGAUAUCCGAGCUGAGCGAAGAGCCAUGGAAGGGCCGAGUGAUCACGUUCAGCGAGAGGCCGAUGCUGCACCGCAUCGAGGGGGAGUCGCUGCAGGAGAAGACGCGGUUCGUGCGGAUGAUGGACUGGGGGAUGAAUACGGACUUCCAGAAGGUGUUCGACAAAAUGCUGGACGUGGCGGUGGAGGGGAGGCUGCCGGCAGACGGGAUGGUGCGGAGGGUGUUCGUGUUCAGCGACAUGGAAUUCGACCGGGCGUCGCCGAAUCCAUGGGAAACGGACUACGAGGCGAUCAGGAGGAAGUUUGAGGAGAGCGGGUACGGGGAGGCGGUGCCGGAGGUGGUGUUCUGGAACCUUAGGGGCACGUCGAGAUCGACGCCGGUGGUUUCGACGCAGAAGGGGGUGGCGCUGGUGAGCGGCUUCUCCAAGAAUAUGGUCAAGUUGUUCCUGGAAGGGGAUGGGCAGCUCAGCCCGCGGGAGGUGAUGGACUCGGCGAUCUCCGGCCGGGAGUACGAGAAGCUAGUGUUGUACGACUGAUGGUGAACACGCCAUCCAAGGGUUGAUGAAGCGGGCCAUGGCGUUCUUCGAGUUCUUAAGUCAAUGUAUGUAUGCCUGGUUGCAGCCUUUCUCUAGGGGGUGACAAGUUGAUUAGUGCUCGUCGUUGUGACGUUAAUAAAUUUUUAAUAUUCGAUAACAACAAUAAUAAAUCCUAAUUAUUUCAUUUA